CCCCCAGCGAAUUCAGCUUCGAUUUUGACGCAAUAAAAAAUAAUGGAAUCUGCAACCAAGCACGCCAUUGUGGUGAAAGUGAUGGGUCGUACCGGAUCCAGAGGACAGGUGACUCAGGUCAGAGUCAAGUUUCUUGAUGACCAGAACAGGUUUAUCAUGAGAAACGUCAAGGGACCAGUCAGAGAGGGAGAUGUUCUAACACUGCUCGAGUCCGAGAGGGAAGCCAGGAGGUUGCGUUGAGCAAUUAAUUGUGGAGAUGGUUUUGUUUACCUUGAUACUGUGAUGACUAUUGUUUAGUUUUCUCCAAUAUUAAAUGCUUGGUUUUAUUUUCAUGACUAGUGUGUACUAGCAUAUAUUUAGAUUGGUUUGGUGAUGCUUUUAACCAUGAGGCUUGAGUAAUUUUCUGUCUAUUGCAAGUUAUUAUGGGAAAAUGUUGUGAUUGCUGUCUA